AGGCCCAACCUUUAGCUGCAUAAUCGGUCUGCAGUUUCACAAUUUAAAAUACGGAGAUAGAUACUUCUUUUCUCACAGAACCUCCAAUCUUAACUAUCUCAGCAAGUACAUGAAGCAAAUGGAAGAGCGAACCCUCUCUGAUAUCAUUUGCGACAACACUUACAUUAAAAACGUGCAAAAAUGGUCAAUGGAAAGCCCAAGUCCCACGAACCCUUUGCAAGAGUGCAGGCGACCACUUCAAGAAGUAAAUUCAGUGGACGAUUCUUUAGACGAUUUACAACAGGCCCCCUUGGACGACGAGCAGACGAAUUCCCCCCGCAUUGGUCUAGAGUUGGAUCCAGAAGCUUUGGAGAAUACAGGUUCUCGUCAGAACCCUAGGUUUGAAUCAAGCGAGGGAAUUUCUAGCAUUAAUCCAAGUUUGAGAAAUGCGGGAACUCUGGUAAAUGUGCCGACACCAGAAACAGCUGAUCUGGAACCAACAACGUCUUCCGGUGUUCUACCACCGGUGCAACAGCCUGGAAACAUUCCACACACCACGAAUCAAGGAAGAGUUCCAAAAGCGUUGGAUUUUUCCGCACAAGCCCCCAUCCCUUUCCUCCCAGGAGCCCAAUUUAGAACCCCAAAAACUUCUUUUUUCGACGCCAUCUUGAAUCAGAGAUCGAGUAAUGGAGGCCAAUUUCCUGCUGAAAAUAAACCGGUUCGGUUCAUCCAGGUGUUCGGCGAACAGGACGCCAUUAGAAAUCCGUGAUUUCAGCGCAAUCUUGUCAGCUAAAUUAUUUCAAGUGGCAUUAUGUAAUUCUUAUUUCUGGCGUAGUUGAUGCCUAUACAGUCCUUAUUUCUAGUCUAUUGUAUUACUAUGUUUGUUCCUGAAAGUUAUAAAUCAUAACGCGGGAUUUUGCAAAGGGAAGAUUAAGCAAUGGCAAAAAUUCAUAAUUAUAUAAUUUUUAUUUUAUCUUCUAUAAAAUUCUCCAGCUAAUCCUCCUUUCCCCUUCUCCUUCACCUUCUUCUUCUCCUUCUCCUUCAUUUUCUCUUUCUUUUUAUUCUUCUCCUUUUCC